AUUUAAAUUCUCAAACCUCUAAAAUCCAAACCCUAACUCUCUUUCUCUCGUUCAAUUCUCCCGCCCACAGGCCGCCGCCUCGCCUCCCAUCAGUCUGACGCGCCUCCGGCAGUCUCCCCCGGUCCAACGCACCACCGGUCUCCGACCGCCCCGCCUCGGUCUGACUCGAAGCCUCCGUGGCAAGCCAAAAGUAUGCUAUGCCCCGUCGCGCCUCAGUGUGCGACAGCACGGCCCAUCCUUUCCCGUCGUCCCGCCUCACCUCCUCCGGCCUCAGCGGCUCCGUUGGUCCGUCCGGCGACUCCAAAACACCAGCAGUUGCCAACACGGCGAGAAUCGACAUUCUGCCUGUAAUCUGAUGCCCAAAGGUACAAAUGGGGUUCUUUCUUGUCUAUGGUAGCUGCACUCAGUAACCCCCCCUCCCCCCCUCUCAGGAAGAUGAAGAUCAUUGGGUUCGAUGAUGAAGUAACCUACUAUCUCUAUGAAAUGCCAGGAGCAGCUACCUCAGAUGUUUUCCAUCUCCGGUAAUAUAUAAAUUAUCAUGGCAUCCUUCAAUCUUGAUUCAAGCUAUAGCUCCAAAUGAAACUUUAAAGAAAUUGGCUUCUGUUUGCUCAAAUUUCAAGCUCCUUAGUAAAGUUCUUUUUUCCAUUUCAACUACUGUAGCAAAGUUCUUGUGUAUUUGCACCAUACUAUACUAGAUUCAUUGACCGCCAGCUAAUGUUCUUUCUUUUGCUGUAUUUAUGUCGACGCACAUGGCCUAUGAAUUGCUUCCUGAGUCUGGAAAGAUUGUUGCCUUUGACGUCGACUUACCCGUAAAGCAAGCAUUUCAUAUUCUGCAUGAGCAGGGUGUAUAUACGGCGCCCUUGUGGGACUUCUCAAAGAGCCGGUUUACCGGAGUUCUCAGUGCACUGGAUUUUAUUUUGAUUAUGAGAGAGAGCAGUUCUCGGCUUUUGGUUUUGUUGAAAUUGGACUAAUUGUUCUGCGGGUGGAGGAAAAUUUGACGAGUAUGAAGAAAAUUUAUAAUUGUAUAUUAUAAUAUAC